AUGUUCAGAGAAAUGAAGGCGUCCCACUCAAUAAAUCAAUACGACACUUCUCGAAAUCCUCUAUUUGAUUUUUUUCAUACCAUAAGAUCCUGCCUGCCUGCCUGCCUGCCUAUCUAUCUAUCUAUCUAUCUAUCUCAUUCUGUUCAUAUCUAUCUAUCUAUCUAUCUCAUUCUGUUCAUAUCUAUCUAUCUAUCUAUCUAUCUAUCUAUCUAUCUAUCUAUCUAUCUAUCUCAUUCUUUUGUUCCUAUCUAUCUAUCUAUCUAUCUCAUUCUUUUGUUCCUAUCUAUCUAUCUAUCUAUCUAUCUAUCUAUCUAUCUAUCUAUCUAUCUAUCAGUCUGUUCAUUCUAUCUAUCUAUCUAUCUAUCUAUCUAUCUAUCUAUCUAUCUCAUUCUUUUGUUCCUAUCUAUCUAUCUAUCUAUCUAUCUAUCUAUCUAUCUAUCUAUCUAUCUAUCUAUCUAUCUCAGUCUGUUCCUAUCUAUCUAUCUAUCUAUCUAUCUCAAAUUGUUCAUAUCUGUCUCACACUAUUCAGCUAUCUCAUUGUUUUUAUAUCUAUAUCACCCCAUUAAUAUCUAUUUCAUAAUCUAUCUAUCUAUCUAUCUAUCUAUCUAUCUAUCUAUCUAUCUAUCCCAUUUUGCUUCAUAUCUAUCUAUCUAUCUAUCUAUCUAUCUAUCUAUCUAUCUAUCUAUCUCUAAGUCUUAUUUCGAAUUAACACUCACUAUCUAUCUAUCUAUCUAUCUAUCUAUCUAUCUCAGUCUGUUUCUAUCUAUAUAUGGCUUCUACCUCUCAUUUUCUCUCUAUCUAUCGAAAUCUGUUUCUAUCUAUCUAUCUAUCUAUCUAUCUAUCUAUCUAUCUAUCUAUCUAUCUAUCUAUCUAUCUCUGCUCUUCAUAUCUAUCUCAGUUUCUUCAUAUCUCCCUCUUUCUCUCUAUCUAUCUCAGUCUUUUUAUAGGAGUUAUCUUCAAUUAUUCUUUCUUUCUUUCUUUCUUUCUUUCUUUCUUUCUUUGCACUUGAAGUUAUCUACUGUUGCCAUCUCAUUCGAAUCUAAGUUCUUCGGUCUGUUUCUAUCUAUCUAUCUAGUCAUAUCUAUCACAGUCUAUUUCUUGCUAUCUAUCUAUCUAUCUAUCUAUCUAUCUAUAUACCACAAAAUGUAUCCUUUCCGUUUACAUAUUUAA